AUGGAUAUAAUUAAAAACUGCUUCAAAAAAUGUGUGUAUACUUUCAAUAGUAACGAGUUCAUCAAUAGUGAAGAGGAGUGUAUAAAUGAGUGUAUAGAACAAUACAAAAAAAGAAUUAAUAUAUGUUAAAAUGUAAAACAAAAGAAAUGA